CCAACACGUCAUCUCCCCGCGCCCGUCUUUAUCAGCAAGCCGCUCCAUCUAGAGACUCCGCAGGCAGUCGCAUUCGCAUUCGCAUACGUGUGAUCCUCGCAUCGCAUCGGUCCAUCUCGAGUGAUCCGGUGGUUGUCGCGCUCGUCGUCGGCGAUGGAGAAGGACGCCGGCGGGAGGAAGCAGGAGGCGGCGCCGGCGCCGGUGGCGUCCAAGGCGCAGAGGGAGGCCGCGGCGGCCGGCGUGUCCGUGACCGAGUGGCUGCAGCACGUCAAGGCCUCCUUCCUCGGCCUGGUUCGGAAGGUGACGGCGAGGAGCGAGCAGGAGGCGGCGGAGGCGGACAUGCGGGCGGCCAAGGCGCAGGUGGAGGCCACCGACGAGGCGGAGGCCAGGAAGAAGCAGCUCGCCGAUCACUGAUGACGGAUGACCGACCUCCGACACGUAGAUUGAACUGAAAAGUUUUGCUCGCUAUCUGCUUGCUUUAUGCUGUAUCGUUAUCGGGAGUAACUGUAAACAGUGUCGUCGUGUAGUGUAAUGGUGACAGAUUCUGGACUUGCUGGCAGCCUGUUAGAUCUUUGUAGCAUGGACUAUCUGCCACUAUCAUUGUAACAGAAGCUGUGUUAUUCAGUGUUCAACUUGGAUAAGAUGAGCGCCUAGUUCUUUGCACC